AUGAUUACACGCUGUCUGGCCCGCCGGCCGGGAGCCAUGCAGUCUGCAGCCGGGGCCUCGAGGGUGUCGUGGAGACGGCCGCCGCCCGCCGCCCGCAGCCUCUACACAGUGCCCCCGCUGGACAACCACGCCCAGCUCGAGCAGAACGGCAUCCCGGGCGUGCUCUCGCCCACGGGCUUCCGCACCGCCUACACCGAGUACCAGGGCCACAUCGUCGACGAGCUGAAUGCAUCCACCGCCGGUACGCCGUGGGAGAACCAGGAGGCCAAGGCCCUCGUCGUCGACUUCGCCCGCGACCCGACCAAGGCCUACGCCUUCAACAUCGCCAGCAUGGCCUUCAACAACCACUUCUUCUUCCGCGGCCUCAACACCAACCCCGACGUGCACGCCCAGCCGUCCAAAGACCUCCACGCCCACAUCAACAGGCACUUCACCUCGCUCGACACCCUGCGCGACACCUUCCUCGCCACCGCCGAGUCCAUGUUCGGCCCCGGCUUUGUCUGGCUCGUCCAGACCAACGACAACAGCCUGGGCGGCACUCUGCGCAUCCUGCCCACCUACCUGGCCGGAUCGCCUCUGUCGGGCGCCCACUACAGGCGCCAGUCCCACGACCUCAACACACACAACGCCGACUCGUACCAGAACAUGAACAAGGUGGGCUCCUUCGGCGUGGCCGCGCAGCAGGACCAGAAGCCCAAGAAGCCGUUGGGCGGCGUCGAUGUAGUGCCGCUGCUGUGCGUCAACACGUGGGAGCACGUCUGGCUGCACGACUACGGUGUCCGCGGGAAGAGGGCCUUCCUCGAGCAGUGGUGGGACAGGAUUGACUGGGACUUUGUCGGCCAGAACACAACGCUGAAGAGCAAGAGCCCUCGAUCUUUCAUGGGCGCCUAG